AGAAAAACGUCACCUUCAAUCUCUACUUGUUAAAUAGUAGUUAGGUCCUAGCUGGGAUUUUUAUUUUUAUUUGUAUUUCUGUCCGUUUUAAAUACUAGGUAACCAGCUAUUGACUGAGAAUCCACAAUAAUUUUCACAGCUAAGAGCUUAUGUAGUUUUUGUUUAUAAAAGGCAGACAGCUUCGAUAUUUUUUCGAAGUCUUCCAUAUUCAUUCUACAUUUACAAAUUUUCUGUCCUCUUCGUCUCCUCAUUUUCUUUCCUUUCUAAGUGGUUUGGUUGAUUAAUUAUUCCAAGCACAAGUCACAAGUUAUAGUUAUGGGAACUCAAGCUCCAUCAGAUUACAAUGACUCCAAGAUUGAUACAAGAACGGAAGAAGAGAAGGCAAUCGAUGCGUGGCUUCCCAUUACUUCUUCGAGGAAUGCAAAAUGGUGGUAUUCAGCUUUUCACAAUGUUACCGCUAUGGUUGGUGCUGGUGUACUCAGUCUUCCUUAUGCAAUGGCAGAGCUUGGAUGGGGUCCUGGUGUAACGGUGAUGAUAUUAUCCUGGAUUGUCACUUUGUACACGCUAUGGCAAAUGGUUGAAAUGCACGAAAUGGUUCCAGGGAAACGUUUCGAUAGAUAUCACGAGUUGGGGCAACACGCUUUCGGAGAAAAACUGGGACUGUGGAUUGUUGUGCCCCAGCAGUUAAUUGUCGAAGUUGGUGUUGACAUUGUUUAUAUGGUUACCGGAGGAAAAUCACUCAAGAAGGUCCACGAUUUGAUUUGCAAACCUGAGGAGGGCUGUGCAAAUAUCAAACUAUCAUACUUCAUCAUGAUAUUUGCCUCUGUACAUUUUGUGCUCUCUCAUCUUCCCAAUUUCAAUUCCAUAUCUGGUGUGUCUUUGGCAGCAGCUGUUAUGUCCUUGAGUUACUCUACAAUUGCUUGGGGGGCAUCAGUUAAGAAGGGUGUACAACCGGACGUGGAUUACGGGUACAAGGCUCACAGCACGUCAGGAACCAUUUUCGAUUUUCUCAGUGGGUUGGGAGAAGUGGCUUUUGCAUAUGCGGGUCAUAAUGUGGUGUUGGAGAUUCAAGCUACAAUCCCUUCAACACCUGACAAACCUUCGAAAAUACCUAUGUGGAGGGGAGUUGUUGUUGCUUACAUAGUCGUGGCUCUCUGUUACUUCCCUGUUGCUUUUAUUGGAUACUGGAUGUUUGGAAAUGAUGUGGAAGACAACAUUCUCAUCUCUUUGAACAAACCUACAUGGUUGAUCGUCAUGGCUAACUUGUUUGUCGUCAUCCACGUUAUUGGGAGCUAUCAGAUCUACGCAAUGCCAGUGUUUGACAUGAUUGAGACCGUGCUUGUUAAGAAACUUAGGUUCAGGCCUACGUGGUACUUGCGAUUUGUUACCAGAAACGUCUAUGUUGCCUUCACAAUGUUUGUUGGAAUCACCUUCCCUUUCUUUGGGGGUCUUCUUGGAUUCUUUGGAGGAUUUGCUUUUGCCCCAACAACAUAUUUUCUGCCUUGCAUCAUGUGGCUUGCAAUCUACAAACCAAGGAGAUGGAGUCUCUCUUGGAUGACUAAUUGGAUUUGCAUAAUUCUUGGAGUUCUAUUGAUGGUCUUAGCACCAAUUGGUGGCUUGAGAUCCAUCAUAGUACAAGCAAAGAGUUACAAGUUUUACAAUUAGGCAUCACAAGUUUUUAUCAUACAAGUGCAAGAGUAUAGCGCGCGAUAAGUAUGCCAUCUGAUUAUAUUUAGAUAGAAAUAUGUUUGGCAAAAGAGUUUCUGGCAAGAUACUGCCUUGGUGUGUUAUGGCUUAAAUACAUUUUAUAGUAUAGGUUUUCUUUGUAUGUAAAGAUAAGAUUAAUUUCAUGGUGCUGUUCUUUGCA